CAACAACAACAACAACAACAAAAAAAAAAAAAAAAAAAAACAACAAACAAACAAAAAAGAAAAAAAAAGAAAAAAAAAGAAAAACGUUCAAUACAGCUAAGCAUAGACCUACGCUUUAGCAAAACACAAUAUUAUCUCACAAAUAUCUCUCUUUUCUAUUAUUUUAACCUAUAAAGUGUAUAGUGUUUACAAGCAUCACAACUUGUUAGGACGUGACUUUAUUUGUAUUGCCUGGAAAUCUCUUUCUUUUCCUCUGAAACUGCCGUUCAGAAAGAGAAACUGACAGAAGGGAGUCGACUUUAGAACUGUCCGAAGCAGCCAAAUCUCAUAGGAACAUAACGAGGCCUUCGUGAGAUAAUGCAACCCUCACCUGCUGCAGAUGCAUCAUUAUCACACGUGCGCGGCUGUACACAAUCAGAAACAUGAGACGCAGCUGUGCGCGUGGGCCGCGUACCAUGACGUUCAAUUUAAUCAAAAUAAUAUGAAAACGUUUAGUUUAACAAAAGACGAAAGCUGACUCAUUUUUUAUUACAAAUUUUCUCGAUUUGCGACACGAGAAAAACUAACCUUAUGAAAUAUUACACAAGCAUCGUAUAAAAAGUCUUAAAGCAAAUGUUUCGUUAAUCAAUACUGUCCUUUAUUAAAGUCAGCGUUAAUCAACGUAGUUGUCAUGGAAAUAGGAAGGGGACGUCCACUCACUUGGUCAUUCAGGCUCGUGCGUCGACAGUGACUUGUCUUUGACAGCAUGUCGGAGGAGGAGAGGUCACCGACUGAGGCUGUUUUCACUCAGCUGCAGCUUGGACAUACUUUUUACGACACAAGCUCUUCUGGGCCUGAUGAUCUUUUCGAGGAGGACUCUUACUCACCAUCCUCCCUCUCCUCAUCGUCCUUGUCUUCUGUUCCUAUGGUGGCCUCCCUGCAGGGGAAAACCCUGUGCACUUCAUGCGGCCUAGAGAUUAUUGACAGAUACCUCCUUAAGGUGAACAACUUGUCCUGGCACGUGCGCUGCCUGUCAUGCAGCGUGUGUAAAACAUCACUAGGACGACACGUGAGCUGUUACGUGAAAGAUAAACAAGUUUUUUGUAAACUUGACUACUUUAGGAGGUAUGGUACUCGCUGUGCUCGUUGUGGUCGAAACAUCCAUUCUACUGACUGGGUGCGUCGUGCAAGAGGGAGCACCUUCCACCUGGCCUGUUUCUCCUGCACCUCUUGCAAGCGCCAGCUCUCUACUGGAGAGGAAUGUGGACUAUUAGAGAACAGGGUCUUCUGCCGGCCUCACUAUGACACGAUGAUGGAGAGUCUCAAACGUGUUAAGGAGAAUGAGCAACCAAAAGUAGGAGAGAUAGGAGACAAGGAUGAUGCCAACUCUAUGCCCCGGCCUGCUAAGAGGGCCAGGACCAGCUUCACUGUUGACCAAUUACAGGUGAUGCAAACCCAGUUUGCUAAAGAUAACAACCCAGAUGCCCAGACUUUGCAGAGGUUGGCAGAAAGGACUGGUCUCAGUCGAAGGGUUAUUCAGGUUUGGUUUCAGAACUGUCGAGCUCGCCAAAAAAAACACAUCAGCCCAAGCCAAGCCUCCUCAGCCGUGAUGACAUCACUCCCAACUGGUCAUCUGACACCAUCACUGAUGGAGGAUCUGCAGUAUACAACCUACAUUUCCACUGACACACCCCUCCUCACCACUCUGACUUACAUGGAUGGUAAGAAAUAUCAGUGCAAACUCCAGACCCACUUUUGCUUCAGCCACUUGUAUCCCAUUCACUGACCCAACUUCCAGUAAGCCACACCUGAGUUUCAGCCCAGCGCCUGAGGACUGAAGAUGACUGGUUGAUGGAAAGAUGAAGAGCAGAUUAUUACUAAAUAAAAGUUCUGUAAGGUUUGGAUUAAUUAAAUUUACAAACCGCUUCAAAAUAAUAGCACUGAAAUGUCACUCCAAAUAUGAGUAGACAUGUUGAUGAAUCAACUGGUUGAGUCAUACAGAUUUAUUUCAUACAGGGUUUCACAGUGGAGAAUAUGCUAAGGAAGAAACAUUUUGAUAUUUGCAAGAUGAAACUUAUGUUAAUGUGUAUAUCUAAUGAAUUUCUGUAUUUAAUUUAUUUGGAGGAUUGAAUGAGAUGAGGCACUUUGUUCUAAAAUAAUGUAAAAUUACUUUGGUUUGAGUAAAAUGGAUUUUUUUUCAAGAUGCAACUGAGAAAAUAUAGUCUUGGCAUUUACAAGAACUGAGAUGUUAUCUUUUUUUUCUGUUUAAAGACUACUAGAAAAUUCAGCUUGGGGUCACACUGCAAAUUAAAACCACUAGAGAUA